GAGUCAUACCCGGCUGUCGAGCAUCGUUGCUUUUGACUCAGCUCCCCUGGGAUCGUACUGGAACAGCAGCUCAAAGCAUCGGCACUUACAGCGUUGCAUCGAGCGUCGACACUUGAAGCUUGACUAGCUUCCAUCAUCUGCAUGAUGUCAUCCGGGGAAGAUGACAACGUCAAUCCUCCACAUACAAGUCUCAAGAAACGCAGAGUCCAGCGAGCUUGCGAUGUCUGCCGUCGUCGGAAAAUUCGCUGUGACGGGAACCGGACACCAGGAAGCAGGUGCACGACCUGUUCUACGAACGACCUUGAGUGCACGUAUCUAGAAGCAGAAAGGACACGGCGGGUGUCGAAAGAUUACGUUGAAAGUUUGGAGAGCCGACUAGACCAGAUGGAGCGACUUUUAUCCAAGCUCUGUCCCGAUGGCAAUGUAUCCGAAAGGCUCCUUCAAGAGGCCAGUAGCGGCGAUACUCGAACCCCGAGUGACGUAGCUCGUUCGAUCGCAUCGGUUCCCACGGCACAGACACUAUACGGAGCCGCCACUUUCGCAUCAGAGGCUGAGACUGCAACUCCCGAGGAUCCAGUAUCCAGCGACGAAGAUGUAGAUGUACUCGAUCUCAAGUUGACCGAAAGCGUCCGCAGUAUGGCGAUCAACCCGAUACGACACCGCUUUUUUGGCAAAUCAAGCGGACUUAAGCUUAUCCAGCAGGCGCUGGACAUCAAGAACGAGCACACCGGGGAUCAGGCAGAGAACAUGUUCGACAUCUUUUAUCGGAAGAGGUCUCCAUUUACUGGCAUUAGUCCGGUGAGUACCUCCAUCCCGUUUCCGCUUGGUCUCGUAGCUAUGCCGAGUUUUGACCGAGCCGCAUUCAUCGACGUUUUCUACAACAAGUGGCAAGCUCCAAGCGAGAUUAAGAUGCCAUCAUACACAUUCCCAGAACACGACCUGUGCUGCAAGCUUAUCGAUCUCUAUUUCAUUCACACAAAUACCAUCGCACCCCUACUGCACCGCCCGACAUUCGAGCGGAAGUAUGCUGAUGGACUGCACCUCCGCGACUCAACGUUCGGGGCUGUCCUACUCAUGGUGUGCGCCGUUGCCUCGACAGAAUGCGAUGACCCUCGUGUGCUUCUUACAGGGAUGGGUACAGAGUACUCGGCGGGGUGGAAAUACUUCCAACAGGUCCAGACCAUGAGCCAGGUCUUUUUAACAGCACCUUGUCUUGAGGAUAUGCAAAUGUGUUGUCUAUCUGCGACAUUUCUCCAGGGAACAUGGGCGCCCCAAGCGUGCUGGACUAUCGUUGGCAUCGGUAUCAGGUUGGCUCAAGACGUCGGCGCCCACCGGCGGAAGGUGUACAAUCGUAAGCCGACAGUAGAGGAUGAGCUUUGGAAACGCGCGUUCUGGAUAAUGGUCAUUCUUGACCGGGGACUCAGCACCGGGUUGGGAAGACCCUGCGCAAUGCAAGACACCGACUUUGAUCUUGAUCUGCCUAUUGUCUGUGACGACGAGUAUUGGGAGCAUCCAGAUCCAGAACAAGCAUUCAAACAGCCGCCUGGAAACCCAUCAUAUGUCGCAUAUUUCGUCAGCGCCAUCAAGCUCAGCCAGGUUCUGGCUUUUGCUUUACGAACCAUCUACUCUAUCAAUAAGUCUAAGGUUAGGUUUGGUUUCGUUGGACAUAAAUGGGAGCAGCAUAUUGUCGCCGAACUAGACUCUGCGUUGAACAAGUGGAUCGACACAGUUCCAGAUCAUCUGCGAUGGAGCCCAAAUAUACAAAAACCCAUAUUCCUCCUUCAAUCCUGCACACUCUACACGAGCUACUACCAUACACAAAUCCUCAUCCAUCGUCCCUUCAUCCCCUCGCCACGCAAACCUUCACCGUUGUCUUAUCCUUCGCUUGCGAUAUGCACCAAUGCGGCACGAUUGUGCAGUCACGUUAUUGAUGAGUACGUGCAACGCAUGGGUACAGACAUGACUCCUCUUCCAGUUGGCCUUCAGACCGCAGCCAUCAUGGCAGGAAUCAUACUGCUAGUCAGCAUCUGGGGAAAUAAGAAGUCCGGGCUCGCCGUCAACCUUGAGAAGGAUAUGGCGGACGUGCAUAAGUGCAUGGAUGCGAUCAAGCUCGGCGAGAGCCGAUAUCCCUUUGUGGGUCGGUUUUGGGACCUCUUAUACGAACUUGCAUCUGUGGGAGAUCUCCCACUUCCACAGUCAAAACCAGCAAGAGCAGGCAAGCGCGAGCGGGAAGAUGGUGGGUCUUCCGCAGCUUCGGUCCCGCACGCUGGCCAGCCAGAAACUGGGCCCCGUAUUAUCGCUGGAUCGAGCCGGGCUGCAGCGUCAUUCAAUCAGGCAUCGCCGACAUCAUACCCUCACAUGCGGGCGCAGCCGCAGCAAAGCCCACAGCUGCCAAUGCCAGGACGAACCGGCUUCGGCAUGGCCACGUCGUUCUCGGUGCCGUGGCAGCCGCCACAGGCGUUGAAUUGGGGCGAUCUCGACCCGUACGGGACUUGGCUCGGCGUUGGUGGUGGUGGCCUAGAUCCUUCCACGCUCAUGAUGGACCACGAUGGCUUAAGCCCUGGCGAUGCUGGUGACAGCAGCAGUACUCAUGCAGAGGUAUCCGGAGUCGGAGCUAGCACAUCUGCAAACGCAGCUCCGCACGUUCCCUAUGGGAUGGACGAUUUCCUGUUCCACUUGAUGCAGUCUCAACAGCAGGAGCAGACAGGUGCCGUGGCAGAGGCCUUCUCCACAACUGAAUUUGAGCAUAUGGGCACAGGUCGGAUGAUGCCGCUAAACCCUGAUUCGUCAGGAAAUGGAUCGAGCCAAAGCCAGGGCGGGGCGGAGGGACUCCACCAAACCGCCAGUGGAAUUGAGGGGAUGGAUGCUGGUACAUCAGCAAUAUGGUCAGAUGCCCCAGGUGGUUUCGAAGUCAACGACUGGGUUUUAUACCCUGGCAAUGUGUCCUACGAUGGCGGAACACAGCCGCCAUGGCAGCAUAAUCAUGGCCCAUAGAAGAGGCGUGCGUAAGCGAAAUGCUGUCAAGACCUAGGUUGCCGUAGCUCUAGUAUGGCGAAACUAUUAUUAAUCUGCCAAAUCAACGAGCUAUGUAUCGCUGUACCUGCUCAUAGACGAAAAACAAGUGUGCCCUUUGAGGAAGAAGU